CCCUCGACGGUGCCCGGCUCAUCCAAUGAGGUCUCUCGCUCGCUCAGAAGGAUGACAAGCGAUCCUACCACGCCCUCUGCGGUGCAGCAGCACUCGACCUUCAAGCCCCGCCUCCUCUACCGAGGCCCACUACGGCUGGCCGAUGGCACCCUCUUACCCGGCGUGGCCUUUGUCUCUACCGUCUCGCCCUUCGACUCGAGUCCUUCUUCCAGCCAGGACAAGGGCGAUAAUUAUGAUGCUGAGAUUUGUCUAGCUCUGGAGAUGGUGAGGGGUCAGAGGGUCGUCGGUAUCGACUUGCUUGAUCAAGCCGACGUGAGAGGGACAGGUGAGAGGGGUGGGGUGGGGGAUGGGGUGAGUGGCCGACAGAAGGUAGAUGGGCGCGAGGUGGAUGUGACGAUCGAGGCCACAGGAAGAGUCAAGAUGUACAUUGACCCUCGGGAACAAGCCACUGCUUCCUUCUUCGAGCGACACUUCUGCUGGCGAGACGACUGGAGCAAGCUCGAUCGAAUUAGAGGUCGCCACGUCUUUGCUCUCUCGACCGCCCCAACGAGCCACGACUUUCAGUUCUCUGACUCUCAGUCCCAAGACCCCUUCGUGAGCUCCUACUCGCAGGGUUUUGGACCUCCUGCCGUAGUCGACGGGAAAGCGCAUCAGCUGAUACUCUUCGCCCGUCUUGCGGAUGAAUCAUCGACGUCUGAAGAUGGAAGUCGCGGGCUGGACAUCGUGGUCGGAAGGCGAUUAGUGAAGAGGAGAAAGGCAAAACAGGCCCUUGCAAAGCAGCCCCGCCCGGAUGACCCUCUCCCAAGGGCUGCUGCCCUCGCCGACUUGAUGCUCUCACAGCGGGGUGGUCCUCCGCCGAGGUCGUCCUCCCCUGCGGAUCUACCCUUGCCGGCGAGGUCGCACGCAAGCAAAUGGGCAAGAACGCCCUCACUGGGGGUUUCUGCUACUUCUGUCGGCGAAGUCACGGGAGAACAUUCACAAGGCCCAGCGUCAGCAGCUGCACAAUUGGCAGAAAUCGUGCCUCGCGCUCGUAGCGCAGGCGGUAAUCACACCCCAGGCCGCAGAGGCGAGAAGCGGCAGAAGGCAGCAAUGGGCGCAGAAAGGGAGGGUGGCACCCCUGCACCUGGCAGCCCAUCACAGAUGCUUGCUUCACCCUCGAAGCGUCGGCGAGCAGACGAGGUGGAUUUGACAACUACAUCGAAGCGGCGAAUGGAGCGGACGUCUUCCUCUGCCUCUGCUGCCGCGACUGCUAGCAAGAGCCAAUCCCUCAGACCCCCUUCCCUCACUCCCUCGAGUCGCAAGAGUAGGAAAGUCACCCCCUCGAGCUCUGCGGCGGUCACGCCCGAAUUGCCAGACUCUGCCGUCUUCUCCAGCUUCGAAGAGGCAGACGAGUCGUCAGCAAGCAGGACCGAGGGAGUGAAACCGAUCAAGGGCAGCGGCAGCAAGACGGGCGCUAACCCCUCCUCCUCUUCCUACUCGGCCCUAGAGACCCGCAACCGCGGCACGAUCAAGAAGCUCGUUCAGCACCAGCUCCUGGGGCGUGGGCUAGAGCGGGGGGACGAGGACUUCGAGCGCUGCUUCACCGCCGCCUACCACGGCACUGCUCUCGCACUGCGCCAUACCCUUUCGAACAUGGCAGUAGAGAGACUGCAGGCGGCACAGCUCGUGGCUUGCCAUCUGGGCAUGUACCUCCCUGCAUCUCCACCCAUCCUGCCUCCUACUGUUGGAGUGGGGGUGAAUCCGGGUGAGAGUCAGGCGCAGACGCUGAAUCAAGGGUAUUCGUCUCGAGGGGUCAAAGUGGAGAUCAAGGACGAUGAGGGGAGCGAGGAUGAGGCGAAGAAGCCGUUGAGAGAUGCACUGUCGCCCUUCUGA